GGACAAACCAGCGCAGUACCCAAAAAAUUGAUCUCACCAAAUUCUGCAGAAAUCUUAUUACCAAGAAUACAAAAGGAUUCUCAAAGUCAAAAGACAGAAAGUGCUAUACCCCGGCGUUCUCCAAACAUAACACACCGUCAACCGCCUAAUGCUAACCUUCCAGACAUUACCAGAUCAUUUAAAGAUCUAGAAAAUGAUCUUUGUGAUCACAAUUUUUUGUCACCUAAUUUAACACAAUUAACACAAUUAUACAUCAAUUUGUGUGCACUACCAUCAGGGUGCUCAGACUCUCGUGUACCGGCAGAAAUUAUCGCAAAAUUGGGUUUUGGGGAAAUAUUUGUGCACAGAAAUAUUGCGAAUCAAUUUAAAGAAGAUGACGUUAAUUGUAUGUCUGAAUUAGAAUUUGCAGUUCAUAACCUAAAGGUCGAACACAUUAUAGUCUGUGGUAUUCAAAAUGCUUAUAAAGAAUACGUUCUCCGUAAAAAUUUAAAAUUUUGGUUAUCUGACAUACGAAAAAUCAAAGAUUCUCACCCUGAACUUUUUCCCGAUCAAAUUACCGAAUCCAAAAUGAACAAAAGUGAAAUAGAUGCCAUUCAUAAAAAAUUAGUAAGUAUUAACGUAAUUAAUCAAGUAAAUAAAAUUUCUGAAAAUGAAGUUGUUAAAGAAGCAUGGAAGGAUGAAAAACGAAAAUUAUCUGUUCAUGGAUGGAUAUUUAAUAUGGAGAACGGACAUUUAGAAGAUUUAUAUGUAACUAGAAAUAAAUCUAGUUCAUUUUGUGGAUAUUCAUACGGUUACACGCCAUCAUUCAAUGGAUCUGGAUCUUACACUGACGGUGACAACACCGGUGGUUUUAUGGGUUCGACUGAUUACGCUAGUGGCUCACAAGAACCAAAGCCCACCGGCGAUCGAAAAAGAAGCGUUCGCCACGUAACCAUUAAGCAACUUUUAAAUGCAGCUACUCAACAUUCCGAUUCCGAGUAUCAAAUAGAUGAUCUAAAUGUUUCGAGUCAAAAUGUCAUUGAAUAUAAAAUAGAUGAUGGUACCGGUUUUAUCGAUGCAAAGGUUUGGUUUGAAUCUGAAGAAAAAAAGGAGAGUUCUGCUGCUUAUAAAAUAAGCUCCAUUGACAACAAUAACAGUUAUGUUGGUAGUUCUCAUGUUUUCUCUGACCCUUUGCAUAAAGAGAUACGUGAUCUUGUUGUUAACCAAGGUGAUCCACAUAUGGGUCUUCCCAUUGAACGUAUUUGCUCUGCGCUUGGUUUCCAAUACGGGUCUGAUAAUGCGAUUGAUGUGAUGAUAUCUGACGGCAUAUUAUACAAUACUCAAGAUGAUAGUUAU